GACAGCGACAGCGAGGCCGAGGACGACGAGAUCAAGGACAGCGACGCCGUGUUCCUCUCCGGCCGCACGGAGGAGGACUUCUCCUGCCUCGAGGUGCACGUCUACGACGCGGAGGCCGGCACGCUGUACGUGCACCACGACGUCACCUUGCCGGCGUUCCCGCUGGCCGUCGAGUGGUGCACGAUGGGCACGGGCGGCAACGCCGACUCCUUCGCGGCCGUGGGCACCUUCGAGCCCGUCAUCGAGAUCUGGGACCUCGACGUCAUGGACCCGAUGGAGCCCGUGAUGUCGCUCGGCGCGAAGCCGCGGGCCGAGAAGAAGAAGAAGAAGAAGAAGCAGCAGCAGCGGCAGCAGGAGGCGUCGAAGCCCGAGCUCGCGGACGGGAGCCACGCCGACGCCGUCAUGUCCCUGAGCUGGGCGCGCCACUCGCCGACGGUGCUCGCCUCCGGGUCCGCGGACGCGACGGUGAAGCUCUGGGAUCUCAACGCGGGCGUCUGCGCGAUGACGCUGAGCCACCACGCCGACAAGGUCGCCGCCGUCGCCUGGCACGGCGCGGAGCUCGCGGUGCUGCUGACGGGCAGCGACGACGGCACGCUCGCGGUCCGCGACGCGCGCGCCGAGGCCGUCGGGGCCUCGUUCGCCGUCGGCGCCAAGGUCGAGGCCGCGUGCUGGGACCCGUCGACGCCGACGACGGCGCUGGCCGCGGGCGAGGACGGCGCCCUCGUCGCCUUCGACAUCCGGUCCGCCGCCGCGCCGCUCUGGACCUUCUCGCCGCACGGCGGCAAGGGCGUGCCCGCGGUAUCGUUCAGUCGGAGCUACCGGGGCCUCCUGGCCACGGGCUCCGUCGACGGCACGGUCGCGCUCUGGGACGCGGCGGCGGGCGCGCCGACGCCCGUCGCGUCCAAGGCGCUCGCCGUCGGCCAGAUCUACGCGCUCGCCUUCGACGCGGGCCCGGGCGGCGCGACGAUCGCGGCCGGCGGCUCCGGCGGCUCCCUCGCGCUCUGGGACGCCCAGGAGGAC